AUGCAGAGAGAAGGGCUGAGAUCAGAACCCCCCUUUGCUACCUGGGUCUUUUUCAGCUUCAACCACCCUUCGGAAUGUCACUCCGACUGCACUACCAGGAUUAAGAUCACUCCAGAUACCCAGAACUUCAACCAUAAUCCAGAGUUCGUACGUCAGCUGGAUCUGAUGAUAAAAGAUGUCCAGGCACGCCAGUCGCUGCUCCAGAAAAUAGCAACACUUCGGGAGCAGUUUUCGAGAGUUCAGAUCGAGAAAAUUCAGAUCCGAACGUACCUCAAUUCCAGGAUCCCCCUCUGGAAGGGAACCCGCUCCUCCACCCCAAAGAUCUCACCCAUCCCAAGGUCAACAACAGGUACUAGCGGGCAAUCCUAG